AUGGUUAAAAUCGCGGAAAUUGAAGCAGCGUUGGGGAGAAUUAAAACAACUAUCCACCGCACUCCGAUUUUGACGAACAGCACAGUGGACAGUCUCGCCGGGCGGCAAUUGUUUUUCAAAGCUGAGAAUUUACAGAAAACCGGGAGUUUCAAAGCUAGAGGAGCGCUGAAUGCAGUUUCCAAGCUGGGAGACGAAAUCAGUGCUGUCUGCUGCGAUUCAUCUGGAAAUCAUGGUCAAGCAUUGUCUUGGGCGGCAAAAAGUGUCGGAAAGACAUGUCACGUGGCAGUUCCUAAGGGGGCACCAAUGGUGAAAGUCGCUGCUAUUGAAAAUUAUGGAGGUCUAGUGCACUUUUGCGAACCGAAUGAUGCCGGAAGAGAAGCGAAGAGAAAUGAGCUUGUCGAAAAGUAUGGCGCAAAGAUGAUCCACCCAAGCCAGGACUUUGACGUCAUCGUUGGCCAGGGAACAAUCGGCCUCGAACUUAUUGAACAAUUCGAAGAACAGCCCUUGGACGCGAUAAUCAUCCCCGUCGGUGGCGGCGGGUUAAUUUCCGGAAUCGCAACGGCGCUGCGUGCGAGCUGGCCGGAAGUGAAAAUUAUCGCUGCUGAACCUGUUGAAGUCGAUGAUUGUGCUGUUUCGAUGGAAAAGGGUGAUCUAGUUGUGACAGAAAAGAAUGAUACCGUUUGUGAUGGAGUCCGGACUAAUGUUGGCAAAAACACUUGGCCGAUGAUCAAGGAACUCGUUGAUGAGGUGAUCACCGUUGAUGAUAUUUCCGUCGCAAAAGCUUGGAAACUCAUCAUGGAGCGAAUGAAAACCGUGGCAGAACCAACUGGAGCCCUAGCCCUUGCUGUAGCGCUUUCGCGAUCUUUCAACGAGUCAUACCCACGAGAUCAGUUCCCGAGAGUCGGGGUGAUUCUUUGCGGCGGAAAUCUUGAUCUGUCUGUUGUUCCACAAAUGCUGAAACUCGCUGAUUGUUGA